UCUCUCUCCCUGCCAUGGCUUCAACUUCAGCACCAAUUCACUCAAUCAACGACACUCCCACCAACGACAGUAGUAAUCCUGCUUCCUCAUCUUAUUUUCAAAAAACAGUUUGUUUGCAUGAUUGGUGGUUGAUUAUGGCUGAAAAUGAUUUCCAAGGGAAGAGACUUGCCGUUGCUGGGCUGACCUCUCGAGAGCAACAAGCUGUGCGAGUGUUCUCCUCUGCACCAAUUCUUAAGAGAUAUGAUGUUUUCACUCUUGAGACAGUUGAUGGGAUAUUUGUUCUCAUCAAAGGCUUCAUAAACAAGGAUCGCACAAAAGAAAAUGGAUUUCCCUCUGAGGUGUUCAAUCAUUUUGUAUUUGGUUUCCCUCCUUUCUGGGAGGAAUAUGCUGAGAAGUGCUUGGGGGAAGGAUUUAGCAAUGAGGAUGUUUCAAGAAGCACCUCGGAUCAUGACAAGUUAUCCACAGAUUCAGGUAUUACUGAUUUUAGUGAAGAAACUCCAAACAGAAAUAAAAAGGGCGUCAGUGGGGAAAGGCAUGAUAGCGGUGACAAAAUGGAUUUGAGUUCAGAAGACUCUGGAAAUAUGUUCUCAACAAAGAAACAACAUAAACUCCAAGAUGGUGCUUCUAAUGAGUCUUCAGUUGAAGAUCCAAAAAUAUGCUCUUCUCAAGUAGUGUCCGAGAUGAACAUUGGCAGUGCUUCAACUGGUUUCGACCUGCAAAAUGAUGUAACUGACUCAUUUAAUGGCGUUGAAGAUGAAUUUCAUGUCAACAUUGGUUCAGGAAUCUCUAAUGGUGGCAGCAAAGGUACUGUAGAAAGAUUUCCUUUGACAUCAAAAAUUGUGGUUCAUCCAGGUUCCACAGCAGGUCCAGUAAACAGGGAUGUUUGUGAUGUGGAAAGUGAUACCAUAGACCCUCCUUUAUCAUUUCAUUCUGAUAGGAAUACUGUCAAUUCAUUUGAGGUUGACAUUGCAGUGCAACCGAAACAUGUAGGCAGUUGUGUGGCAAUAUCUUGUGAGAGGAAAGACCUAUCAAAAAGUGAUGGGAAAGGGAAGAAAAGGACGAGGGGUGAGUCAGAAAGAGAAGGAUCAGACAACCUUAUCAUUUUGAAUGAUAAUGUCAAUUUGGAUGUUGCAUCAAUAGAAUCUCCAUUACGAAAAAGAACCAAUGUGUCCAAAGUUCAUAGGUGUAAAUACACAAAGGCUGUGCCUUUGGAGACUUCAGGUAUGAACCUGAAAUCAUCGGCUGAAAGGUCAGAGAGUCCAAGAACGAAUUACAAAGAUGAGGAGAAGGUUAUGUUGGGAAAUGUAAGUGCAAACCUUUCUACAAUUAAAUUAUCCCUAAACCCUGAAGCUGGAAAGCAAAGGAAGAAGACGAACAAGGCACUGAAGUCUUCCAUUGGGCUUGGUGAUGCAAACCUGAAAGAAGACUUGGAAAUUGGAGUCAGCAAGAAAGAAACUAAUGAUAAAAAAGCAAGCAAAUCUAGUGGGAAAACCAAAAGAAAAUUGACAUAUGAAAGUCCUGUAAGCCAGGGAGGAACAGAGAAAGCAUCUUUUAUUUCUCCAGAAUCUUUGAGUUUUAAAAGAUCUAGAUCAGGAAGACUACUUCUACCCACCCUACAAUUCUGGCGCAAUCAAAUGCCGAUUUAUGAUAAGGAUCGUCAAAUUACUGGAAUUCGAGAAGGGGAAGGCCUUCGCGGUGUAGAACCAUCUAGAGGAAGUAGAUCUGAACCUCAAAGAUAAGCUUGUUGCAGAAUCUUCCCCAUGAAAGAUUGAUAAAGAAAAUGAAGAUACGGCAUCCAAAGGAGAUGAAGUCGAUACCUAGAUCACUGGGGGUGCAUGUAUUUGUAUGGGGUCUCAUGUAGUAUGUAUUUGUACAAAAUAACCUUUUAUUUUUCUUUCCUUCUUUUUUUGUAUUUGUAUGGGGUCUCAUGUAUUUGUAUUUGUAUAGUAUUAGUUUUUAUAAUGAAGCCUAUUCAGUCAAGAAAUGGUUUUCAAUUGACUUGUAAUUUUUUUUGUUUCAAUUUCGAAGCACAAGAAAUUUUAUAUAGGUCAAUACUUGCUAUCAUUUA